CUUUACUAUUAUUUUCAAAUCGCUAUCUAAGCUAUCUCAUCUCUUUAUCUCUUAUUAUUUAUUUCUCUUUUUCUUGUUCACAUUUCCCCAGGGACUACUUUACUAUCCGUUUCCUCCAAAAGUAUAUCCACGUGGCUCGUCAAUUAAAGCCUCAGUUAACCCCAGAGGCUGCUGCAAUUUUAGCCGAGAAGUAUUGCGAUUUGCGUGUUCAAGAUGCCUCACUCGAACAGUCUGGUCCGAAUGCCACUCGCCUGCGCCGUACGCAGCCGAUCACAGCACGUAGCCUUGAGACCUUAAUCCGAUUGGCUUCGGCACACGCAAAGGCUCGAAUGUCUAAGACCGUUAGUCGCCGCGAUGCAGAGGCGGCCGUCAACCUACUCUCCUUCGUUCUAUUCAAGGUGAGCACAUCUUUCCUCGCUUCGUUAGCAAUUGUCAUUGCGCCUUUUACUUUCUCUUUGCUCUUGUUUUGCGAUCCUUAUAGCUUCAUUCUUCAUGCUUAA